AUGAUAACCAUUUACAAGGAACACCUGAAAGGAAGCCACCACUUCAGCCGCGUAUUCGCGUACGUGCUUUUAAGCCUGCGUAAUAAGGAAAACUUCUUUAAAAAAAGAUCCAUCAGGGGAGAUCCUUUUUUUAGCAACUGGGAAAAAUCGCAUUACACGAACAAGAGGAAAGUAAGUGAGAAUAGAAAGAAGAGGAAGAGAAAAAACCUAGUCAUCCAUUUUUCCACCAGCCAAAUCAGCUACUUUUACUUUCACUACUUUGUGUAUAUAUUGUUGCCAAAACUGAGAUGUCUGUCCGACUGCGAAAAAAAGAACAUUCUGGACAACGUCUAUUUGGUCGAUCGCAGGAACACCGAUGAGAAUGUGAAGGGACAUAUAUACAACAAAGUUAAGCAGGGGGUAGGUAACAUUAUUUUUUCCGACCAUGUGCUAGCCAAAGAGGAAUAUGAUUACACACACACGUUGGGAUUAUUUUUAGAAAAUACCCUCUUCAUGGACAUACUUGAAAAUGCAAAGGUGAGAAAGGUAAAGCGGCAACACGUGCACUAUUCUAAGAGCAUAAACAGGAAGAACCUUUACUUGGACAGAAGUAGAAACCACUUUGCAUGUAGCAGCUGCUUGUAUGGGACAUACUUCUGGAGGAGUCGUCACCCCAGUAAGUACAACGUGGUGAGCAUACUGAAGAGAAAUGCAAACUUAAGUUCCUUUCAAAAAUGCAACGAGAUAAUCCAAGACAUAAACAAUAAUGUACACUGGGUUAACCAUCACUCUUUUUAUAAAUUUUACGAAACGGCAUAUGUCAGUUUUUUAAAUCAUCGUAUGAGCCUUUUGGAGAGUUUUGUUGAAAUGGUAAUAAGGAGGAAGGGAGAAGCUCCAGAAGGAGAAGUGAGACAGGAAAAAAGAAAAAAAAAAAAAAACCUCGCAUAUAUAUUCUUUAAGCAUAAGGAUUUCAUUUUAAACACUCGUCUAUUUCCAGACUUCGUCUGUAAGAAAGCUAUUUACAUCGACUUCGACCAUGCCGCUAAUUUGUACGUGAAAUAUUUACAGCUGUUAGAAAGGGUCAGAUCUUUUUCAGGCUGUCAACGGGAAGGUGGUUUAGCUGCACGUAAGGAUGAGAAUCCUGCAAACAAAUCUAGCGACACGAAAAAAAAGAGCCUUCUUCGGGAAAUGAAAAAAAAUCUGAACCUACAUGUGUGGAGUAGGAACCAGAAGGAGAGCUUCUACUCUGAUUUGGUCAAAAUGAAGUUUCGAAAGUUUUACAAUUAG